AAUGGAGUCGCUGCUACGUCGUAGACACUGUUGAAGGCGAGUCUCAGCGUCUCGCGGAUGAGCGAUAAAAAAGCCUCCAGCGCGUCGUCCCUAGGAGUCGGGGGAGUUUCUAGUUAUUGAACCGCGGGUUAUUUUUUCUGCAGGUGGUAUGCCGCGGUUGCAGCCAUGAUCGGAGUGCCACUCGGGUGUAUCGCCCGGUGGUCAGCAUCCAGAGUGCCGCCACGUAACGGCUGCAGCAGCAGCAGUAGCAGCAACAGCAGUAACGAGAAAAGCACGCGGUGACGGCUGACGACGACAGUGCACUAUGGACGUCCAAAAAAAGUUCCUGUGCCCCCGGUUGGUCGACUAUUUGGCCAUCGUGGGGGCCAGGCCACCGCCGCCCCCUUCGCGACAGCCAAUUCAGGUUCCGGAGCUGUUACGAAGAUAUCCGGUAGAGGAUCACGAGGACUUUCCCCUCCCUCUCGAUAUGGUGUACUUUUGCCAACCCGAGGGAUGCAACAGCGUCGGUCCCAAGCGACAGGCACUGCGUGAAGCCACUUCCUUCACUUUCACACUCACCGACAAGGACUCCGGUAAGACCCGUUACGGAAUAUGCGUGAACUUCUAUCGACCCGUGGAAAGAGUAGGAGGUAAUGGAGCCACGGGAAUUGGAUUUCGCAGAGAUAAGCAGAACACGAACUUUCGCAGGGAGAGCUGGAGAAAAAGCAUGGAGAAAAGCUCCGAUUCUGCAUUUUCCAGUGACCAUAGGAGCAGCGUUCUGGGCCCCAGCGAUUCGGAGAAGGACUGUUCGAGUGGGCGCCGAGACUCGGAUAGUCCUCAGCACGGACAACCUCAAGUAGCCCAUGCGGGGCACGCACCCCGACUUGGUAUUACCGCUCCGAGCGCCGACAGCGAGAGCGGCGGCAGUCAUUCGCCCUCACCUCGAGCCUCCCGGCGCCGACAGAGAAUACGGAAUCAUUCAUUAACGUCCUUGUGCAUAAUUUCGCAUCACCCAUUCUUUUCCACAUUCCGCGAAUGUCUCUUUGUACUGAAGAAACUCAUUGACGCGUGUAAUGAGAGCUCAUUACAACAAAAAGUCAGCACAGCCAGGCAACAAAGGGAGACGAACGUGUGGUCGGUGUUGAGUGGACAGGCCCUCGAGGGUGUCUCCUCCAUCGUGCUCCACGACGUGCGCGAGAUCGAGACCUGGAUUCUGCGGCUCCUAAGUGCCCCGGUGCCCGUGCCCUCGAAGACGCGCGUCGAAGUGGAAAUACUCUCGCCAAGCCUCCAGCCGCCCCUCUGUUUCGCCCUGCCCGACCACACUCGCUUCACCCUCGUCGACUUUCCCCUCCACUUGCCCCUCGAGCUGCUCGGCGUCGACAUUUGCCUCAAGGUGCUCACCCUCAUUCUCCUCGAGCACAAGAUAUUGCUCCAAUCACGGGACUACAACGCCCUGUCGAUGUCGGUGAUGGCCUUCGUGACGAUGAUCUACCCCCUCGAGUACAUGUUCCCGGCCAUCCCCCUUUUGCCGACGUGCAUGAGCUGCGCGGAGCAGCUGCUCCUGGCGCCUACCCCCUUCGUCAUCGGCAUACCCGCGUCGUUUCUCCUCUACAAGAAGAAUUUCCGCAUACCCGACGACAUUUGGCUGGUGGAUCUCGACAGCAACAGGAUAAGUCCACCGACGGGACUUGGCGACAACUUACCAUCGCUUCCCGAGCCCGAGGGCUCUAUACUUAAGAAUCAUUUGAGUCAGGCAAUGCAACUGAUGGGUCAAGGAGGCAGCAGUGCCAUGGGAAGUAUGUCCGUAACUCAAUCUCAUUUGGGGAUGCCACAGAACAUGUCGUCGCAGCUCCAUUCUCCAAAAAGCAGAAGAGAAAGCAAUGCCUCCCACCACUCGACAUUAAGCGUCUCGUCGGCAAAGCACAGGCCGAGCCUGGACCAUUCGGCCUCGGGCUCGAGUCCCCUGCACUCACCCGGGAGCAUCUCGCCCCGACGGCCGUCGCUGGCGACAUCGCACGGAGGCUCGGGCCUCGACUCGCAGAAAGUCUCGCCGCAGUCGGGAGUCGGCAGCAGCGGCGGGUGCGGUGGGGGCGCUGGCCUCUUCAAUCCAUUCGUCUACGGCAACGACGUGGACUCGGUGGACGUGGCGACACGCGUCGCCAUGGUGCGCUUCUUCAACUCGCAGAAUCUCCUGGCGAACUUCAGCGAGCACACGCGCACCCUGCGUCUCUACCCCCGCCCGGUCGUCGCCUUCCAGAUAAACUCGUUCCUGCGCUCGCGGCCCCGCACAAGCGUCUUCCUCGACCGUUUCGCCAGAACGCAGGCGGUCGAGUUCCUCGCCGAGUGGUCCCUCACGCCGAGCAACGUCGCCUUCCUCAGAGUCCAGACGGGCGUCUGCGACCCCGCCCAGAUCGGCGACAAGGCCAAGUGGUUCGCGCCCAACCUCGAGCCCAUCAGCUUCCCCGUCUGGGAUUCCGGGAGCUCACUGGCCAACGCGAUGAGAGCCAUGAGGUCCUUGGAGAGUCAGCCGACCGAUGAGAGCGGCUCCGACACCGAGGGCGCCGAGAGCACCAGUUCCUCCUACUCAUCCCUGAGCGACUUCGUCUCGGAGAUGGCGAGUUCCGACCUCUCGCCCAUGACGCAUCCGCCGCAGAUGUCAUUGUCGAUCGACGUCCGCAGCAUCUACAAGCCUCCGAGCUCGCUGCAGUACCCGGGAGUGGAAGAGGAGUCGCAGACGCGAGCCGAGAGUCCUCCGAGCACGUCGUCCAGCCACAGCGACCUCAGCAGUCCGAGCUUCAACCGGGACUCGGAGAUCGAGCUCGCGGCCAAGCUCGCCGAGAGUUCCCAGACGACUAAGAGCGACAACGAUAAGACGGAGGGCGGUAGUUUCGAGUCAGACUCCGCCUCGACGACGACGACACCCCGCACGAUCCUCAGCGCACAUAACAGUUCUAUAGGCCAGGUCGGGAUUGGCCUCAGCUCGCUCAACUCCUCCCUUGGCGUUGAAACGGAACCAAUAUCAGCCUCUCAUCGGACUUCGCGCUUCUCUCGAUCGAUCACUCCAGUUCCGCCUAUAAACCCGAGUUGCCUUCAGCGGCAGCCGAGCGUCGGUAACGUCCUGGCGCGAACCGGGAGCUUCGGCUCGGCGGCGAGUCCCUUACUGCCGAGGCAAGGCUCCACGGGUUUGGGCCAGCACUCGCCGCCCGUCCCCCGGCAGAACAGCGGCGGCAGCGUACCCAGGCAGGGUUCCCAGGGCUCGCUAUUCGAGCAGAUCGCCAGCCAGGCCAAGGACCUCGUCCGCGAGACCACGAGGCAGAGCAGCCAGGACGGCAUUCUCGCCCACAUGGAUAAGCUCAAGCAUCAAGCGAAAGAAAAAAUUUCGGAAGCAGGAGAGGACAGUCUCUUUGCACCUCUUGAGCAAUUGACGCAACAGACGAAGAAGGCCAUGGGCGAAGCUAGCAAGUCGGUGCAGGAGGUGUCGAAGACCGCCAUCGAGGCGAGUAAAACUGCAGCGGGAGUCAGUAAGAACACUCUGGAAGACCUGACGUACGUCGGUAAAAGCACAUUAGGAGAUCUAACUAAGAGCGCUAAGGAAGUUGCUGCGAAGAAGGGCCUACUAAAGGGACUCGGAGAUUCUCAGCAGUCGCCUCCACACUCGCCGCCAUGCCUGUUGCAGCGCAAGGACUCGGGGCUGCAGAUCGCGAACCCGGAUGCGCGCACCGGGAGGCGGGAGAUCGGCCGUGACUUCUUCAGCAACAUCAGCAACGACCUCAAUGGGAUUGCCGAGCAGACGAGCAGUAUGUUCAGCGGCUUCUUCGGAAAUAAAAAUAACUCCAGUCGAAAUAUCAACAUUCUUUCGCAGACGCAAAAAUCCAAAGAGAUAUCUCAAAUAUUCGGAUCCUUCCCCAGAGGCAGAUCGAAUCUCAUCGAGGAGACGUCACUAAUAAAGCACUCAUCGUCGAGGAAUACACAGGAAGAGCUGAGAAGGCAGCAGAAUGCCGAAAGGACGAACACAAAUACGGAUAAUCAGUCGACCCUGACCGAACUCAUUAAUCAAGUGAUGGCGGGAGAGGGCGUCGGCUGGCUUAAACUAAACAGACUGAAGAAGCUGAUGGAGGACGAGAGCUAUCGCGACUUUAUGGUGACGAAGUUGAACAAGGGUUUGAACAGAAAAAUCAGUCCCGACGACCAUAUCGACGAUGUGUGCAUCACGAAACCCGUCUACAAAGGAAUGUUAAAGUGCCUUCAAGCGGUGGUGCACGGCUUAGCGCACACAUAUGGCAAUUUCGGUCUGGGGGGUAUGGCCUCUGUAUUCCAGAUGAUGGAAAUAGCUCAUACGCAUUAUUGGAGCAAAGACCUAUCGGAAAGUGGUUUCGACGGUUCGCUCAUGUCACAGGCGUCCAGUCCAUUUGGCAGUAGAGAGAAUCUCACGUUUCCUCAGUCACCGAAUCACCCCGCAUACGAAACGUCACGACAAACGUCUCAUUUGCAAGAGCCACCGCAAGUUCGGUUAGAUCGUCCGCUUUCGCAAACCAGCGGCGACGAUAAUCAGUCCACGACCGACAUGUUCUUCGACAUGUUUAUUCGAAAAAAUAAGAAAUUCCUUAGUAAAUUAACACCAUUUGAUACCGAGUCGAGGAGCGGGAACGUCGGGGAGAGCAACGAGGCCUUAUCGACCGACGGCGGCAGCAUCACCACGAAUCCCGUCUUUCGUCAAACGCACCAGGCGUCCUUUCGCAGCACCGUCUCGGACAGCGAGGUCGAGCAAAGCAGCUUCCCGCGACAACAAGCGAAGCAGCGGACGGUGAGCGUUUGGUCGGACAAGUUCGGUGCCGCGGGCAAUGUCUUUAUACCGUCGACGACGAGCCCGAGUCCCGAGACAGCGAGGACUUAUCUAUUCGAGGGCCUCCUCGGAAAGGAGAGAUCGUCCCUCUGGGAUCAUAUGCAGUUUUGGGAGGACGCCUUCCUCGACGCUGUAUCGCAAGAGCGCGACAUGAUCGGGAUGGAUCAGGGUCCCGGCGAGAUGAUGGAGAGGUACAAAGGCCUGAGUGAGAGCGAGCGGCGAAGAUUGGAGCACGACGAGGACAGGCUCCUUUGCACUUUGCUGCAUAAUCUUACCGCGAUACUGGUGAUGCUGAACGUGGAGAAGAAGGACGUGAGGCAGAAAGUUCGACGCCUACUGGGGAAAAGCCAUAUUGGCCUUAUUUAUAGCCAAGAGCUCAAUCAACUUCUCGAUCAAAUAAAAGAUCUCCACGGCAACGACAUCGACUUGAAACCUCUGACCUCGCGGCAGAUGCACCGCCAGUCGUUCACGGUGCACUCGGGCUCGAACGCCGAUGGCGAUCUGCGCUUCCUGGAGGUGCGUCACGACGGGCUGGUGCUGCGCUCGGUAAACGGGGUCAUCGUCGAGCGCUGGUGGUACGAGCGUCUCGUCAACAUGACCUAUAGUCCCCAGACGAAGGUGCUCUGCUUGUGGAGGAGGAACGGUGGACAAACUCAGCUGCACAAGUACUACACUAAGAAGUGCAAAGAUCUGUAUUACUGUAUAAAAGACGCGAUGGAGAAGGCUGCAGCUCGCGGUCGAGGAGCUAACAUGGACGUCGAGCUCGGUGGUGAGUUUCCUGUCCAAGAUAUGGUCACUAAUCAAGGUGGCAUCCUGCAGGUCUGCAUGGAGGGUAUCGGCCUUCUUUUUGCCAAUAGCAAGGAUUUCGAGUUUUUUGUAAGACUCGAGCAUAUCCGCAAGUGCUUUACUCAGAAGGGUACGAUCUUCGUUUUGGAAGAAUUCAAUCCUAAGUCUAGACAAAUAAUUCAACGUAAAUAUAAGUCUCAAAUGGCGGAUCAAAUCUGCUACUCCGUACUGUGCUUAUUCUCGUACGUGGCGACGGGCAACGAUCAACCCAAGCAUCAUCUGGUACAGCAGCACCAGCAGCACUCGAUGAGCCCGCGCACCUCGAAUGUCGGCCUGUCCAGUCAACAGCCGCUCCGUCGAGGCUCCCAGGUCGAGCCUCUACCAAAGCAUCGCUGACACAGAGGCAGACACUCUCUACCCUUCGUGCACAGCUACGAAAGCUGUGCGCCCUACGCUUGCUUACCCUGGGUCUGAGCCAUCAAACCCGUGGCUUGCGUGCACUUCGUGUCGUACAUCCUUGUAAUCUUGUCCUCUCGUUCCCAGGCAUGCAACGCAUUUGUUUAGACGUAUGCACGUGACCAUUAUCGUCCACCUCUUCCUUACUCACCUCCCUAUCAAAUCCAUAAACUGGUCGACGCGUUAAUAUUUAUCGGCUAUUCUGGAAUCCAGGAUAAAGUGAGCUUCGAAGGUGAAAUUUGUUGGA